AUGACAUCGGCUGCAAAGCUACACUUUCUGGAUCUUCCUCCAGAACUUCUCAUCCAGAUUCUCCUUGAAGUCGAUUGGGAAGACUUUUUGAGACUCAAACUAGUCUGUAAAGCGAUCCGAGACCUCACCAAUACCUCUGAGAUUCAAUAUCGAAUCUGCUUGGGCGCUCUCGGGUAUCAAACCACUCUCGCAACACCCAAAUACCCCGCAUCCGACCAACUCGACAAGUUUCAAAAGCUAACCAAGGGAUUUUUGACCGGUCACUUUACCAAAAAGGAGAGUAUUCCCAUCCAAGGAUUCACUCCUACCUACGAGCUUCAAGGCGGCUCAUUCAUUCAAGGACGGCACGCACCCAACAAUCCUCGUGACACUGUAGGCAUCAAUGUCUUCAGAUUCGCCACCUUUCUAAAUGACGAACCGACGACCCAAUGGCAACUCCCCAACUUUCCCCGCGUCGUACGUGAUCUCACCCUAGAUCCUAGCCAAGACCUGCUUGCUGCAAUCGUAGACAAGACACCAGACAACCAGCAGUGA